AUGAGGUGGUCGAUUUUUGUUUGUUUGCUCGUGUGUCUGGCGAGGUUCUGCGAUGCUGGGGCGUUAAGAUGUCCGCCGGGUGUGUUGGACUCUUCAUGUAUGGAAGAAAAGAAAGAAUUGGAAACACCAGAAACAUCAGGCAGUGGUACGGCAGAAGCCCAAUGUUUAGUUGGCACGGAAUGGGAGAGUAACUGUCAUUAUUGCCGAUGCUCAAACACUGGAGUGGCCGAGUGCCUUAAAAUGGAUACCUGUGACAAAGGGCUUUAUGCUGAGCCAGCGCUCUGCAAGCCGAAUACAACGUUCCAACGAGACUGCAACACCUGUGUGUGUUUAGACAAUGGCCUAGGACUAUGCACCCUCGAACACUGUAGAAGUUCUAACAACAUCAAAGAUAACCUUGAACUAUCAGAAGAAAGUGAAAAGGAAGCAGCAACAAAAUCGGAAACACAUGUACUCGUAAUACCGACAACAAGAUCAUUGAACAAUGCAACGAAAUCUCAAGUAUGUGUUGCAAACCGUAUGUUUGUGAAAGAUUGCAAUACUUGCUGGUGCAAUGAAGACGGUACCAGCUACGUGUGUACCAGGAGAACUUGCGUGCCUCUUCUACCUGGUGAGGAGUCGGACCUGGGAGGGAUCCCUGCAGAGGAAUUGCGUGUGACCAAACAGGCAUGUCGUCCGGAUGAAGUCUUUGAGUUAGAUUGCAAUAUGUGUCGUUGCAAUUCUGAUGGGAAAUCAUAUUCUUGCACCAGGAGAGCGUGCGCGGAACCUGAUGAUGAUAAGAAAGUCAACUUAUCCAGAAAAAUCCGGUCGUUUACUACGGAGAUGCCGAAGACCUGCCAACCGGGACAAGAGUUCCGCAUGGACUGCAAUAAGUGCUUGUGCGACAGCAAAGGCCAGGAUUUCUCCUGCACCAGAAAUGAUUGCAACGCCCCGAACAACAACCACGGCGUUAGAAGGAAAAGAGAUGUUCCAGUCUCCAGAGUCUCCGAGCCCAUAGAGAUGAAGUGUGUGGCGGGUAGCGUGUUUGAUCGCGAUUGCAACGUAUGCAGGUGCACAGAUGAUGGUAAUCACGCAACCUGCACCAUCAAACGUUGCGAGAAAGACAAUGAACUUGACGGUGGAGUCCAUCCAACGGGUGGACUCGGAUCCAGGCUUCCGUUGCAAUCCUGGAGAACAAUUUAA